ACGUGAUCAGCCGCGUGGGCUUAGAAAGGACGGUGUAGUCUGGCAGGGUCAACACUGUUUGCUCCCGGCGGGAAGCCAGUAUAAGUUCCUAAGUUCCUUUCCGUAGUCGACCCUUUAUCGCUGAGCUGCUGCUACUCUCUUACUUCCCGAGUGAUUCCAGGACCCUGCCACCACUAGGCUGUUUUCUCAGCCACGUGAUCUCUUGACCUCUAACUCCUACGGGCAACCUUAACGUUCCAAAUUCGAGCCAGGGAUGUGAGAUGAGAUUUCUAUGUGCGGACCUGAACGCCACAUCCAGUUGCUCUAAAAACUGAAACUCCAUCCUUGAGAAAUUUGGGAGGAUUCUUUCUCGUUCUCACAUCGGCUCGUCCUGAAGACCCCACAUGACUUCUCCAUGCUCUUUCCCCCUAAAACCCACAAUCCCCCCAGUAAUCCAAGACCCCAAUAUUCCACCUCCUUUACCCCCAGAUCCUCUGGACUUAGCUUUGCCAUCCCCUCCCUGUAGUCCCCAGGCUUCAGUUCCACCCCCACCCCCACUGCCACCUCCACCCUCUACUGUGGAGGCUGUUCCCCCUCAUGUCUACGGCCUGGAGAAGAGCCGGCUGCUGAAGGAGGCCUUGGAGAAGGCUGGCCCAGUCCCCAAAGGCAGAGAAGAUGUGAAGAGGCUCCUGAAGCUGCACAAAGACCGGUUUCGAAAUGACUUGCAAUGGAUCCUCUUUUGUGCCAACCUACCAUCGCUCAUCCAAGAAGGCCCUCAGUGUGGACUGGUGGCCUUGUGGAUGGCAGGCACUCUUCUGUCAACCCCAGACACUGACAGUGUCUCUCUGGAAAGACUGGUGCAGGUAGCCAUGGAGAGAGGCUACACAGCACAGGGAGAGAUGUUCUCUGUGGCUGAUAUGGCCAAACUGGCCCAGGAGACCUUGGACUGCCAGACUGAGCUCCUCUGUGGUGGCCUGGGUGGUCCCAACAGAGAUCGGGUCCUGCAGCACCUCAUUUCUGGACAUCCCUUGCUCAUCCCCUAUGAUGAGGAUUUCAACCAUGAGCCAUGCCAAAAGAAAGGCCAUAAAGCCCACUGGGCAGUGAGUGCAGGGGUCCUGAUAGGUGUGCAGAGUAUACCGAUACUUGGCUACAUGGAAGACUCUGAGUUGCCAGGCCUCUUCCACCCAGUGCCUGGCAUACCUCACCAAUCACCAUCCCUCCCAGAUGAGAGCUCCCCUGGUGCCAUCUUCCUUCUCUCCAAGCAGGGCAAGAGUUGGCAUUACCAGCUGUGGGACUACAACCAAGUUCGGGAUAGCAACCUGCAGCUGACAGACUUCUCCCCUGCCAGGGCUGCCGAUGGACGGGUGUACGUGGUACCUGCUGGUGGGGUACAGGCUGGCCUCUGUGGCCAGGUCCUGCUGCUUAGACCACAGGAGUGGAGCCAUUAGCUGGGGCUGGGGCAUCUGCCUUAAAUUUUCCUCCAUCACCAUUAGAGUGCCUCAACUUCCAACCUGUAUCUUGAGUCUUGAGGGCCUUCUGCUAGAAAUCUCUCACACAGUCACCCCAUCUAUGGUGCCACAAGCUUGACCACUGUCCAAAGUCUGAAUUCAUCACUUGCAGGAUUAGGUAUGCCUUUGGUUAAGGGAGACUUUUUUUUUUUUUCGAGAAAGGGUUUCUCUGUGUAUCUCUAACUGUUAGGGAACUCUUUGAAGGCCAGAACUCACAGGUACCCACCUACCUCUGCCUCCCUGAGUGUUGGGAUUGAAGGCAUGUGCCACCACCGCCCAGCUUCUUUUUUUUUGUUUAUUUUUUAAAGCAUGAUCUCUGCGUGGGGUGGUGGCACCUACUUCUAAACCCAGCACUCAGGAGGUAGAGGACUGGUUCUCAGCCUGUGGAUCAUGACCCCUUUGGGGAUCAAUACCCUUUCACAGGGUUGCCUAAGACCAUUGGAA